AUGGAGAAUGCAAGAGUUGUGGACUUCUUGAAACCAAUUUCCAAGAAAUGGGAUCUUGCGAAACUUAGAGGCUGCAUACCAGAAGAGCAAGUCCAGGCGGUUUGUAAAAUCCCAGUGAGUCUUUCAAAUGCUUCAGAUAAUCUUGGUUGGCACCACACAAAUUCUGGAAAAUACACUGUCAAAUCAGGAUACUUUCAAAGGAGGAAAAGUUUCGCCAGGACCAGAUCCAAUAGUGCAUCGAGCUCCUUUACUCCUUCAAAAUCUAUGUGGACGAGGCUAUGGAACUCCUGCACAAAUCCUAAGGUGCGUACGUUUAUGUGGAGAGCUGCCCGAAAUUGGUUAACGUGUAAGGAGAACUUGUGUCGAAGGAAAUGCUCCCCUAACCCAACAUGCCCUUUAUGUGAAAAUGCUGUAGAAACGGUGGAACAUAUGCUCUUUCACUGCCCAUGGUCCAGAGCAGUUUGGUUUGGGAGUGGGAAGCAUCACUGGAUUCUUUCGAAAUCGAUUGUGGCCAUGGAUAAAUGGCUAAAGGACCUUCUGUGUGGCUGCCUUUCUAAGGAAACCAGCUCCAUGGAUGUGGAGACUAUUUUCCAAUUGUGCUGGGCAAUUUGGAAGGCAAGGAAUAAGUGGGUUUUUAGCAGGAAAGUAUCAAAGCCAGAAGAGGUAAUUGAACAAGCAAGGGCAACAAGUAUUGAUUACCUUCAAGCAGUAUGUGAUCGAGUGAAAAGGCCAUCUCCUGAUCGAGUGGAAAGGCCAUCUCUUAGGCCUCCUUGGAAGGAUAGGUGGUCACCACCUCCUACCUCCGUAAUUAAAUUCAACUGUGAUAGAGCAUUUAAGUCCUCUCGCAACUUAGCUGCCUUUGGCUUUGUUGCUAGAGAUAGUGGUGGACGGGCUCAAGUGUGGCGAUGUGGUAGAGUUAUGAUUUCUUCAGCUUUGGCCAUUGAAGCUUGGGCUUUGAGGAUUGCAUGCAGUGUGGCAAAACAAUGGGAAGACCAAGAAGUUAUCUUCGAGUCGGACUGUCAAGCUCUUAUCAAUUGUAUAAAGGAUCCGAAAGUGCAGUGCCCAUGGGAAAUAGGAGCCUUUGUCACCGACAUCUGGGAAUGGGCGCGAACAAGGAAAUGGACGUUUGGAUGA